UCAAGUUUUCUUUCGUUCUCCAUCAUCUCAGCUGAGUCACGCACGCUUCAUUUCCUUAUCAUGCUUCAACCGAAGAUCUACACUCAACAACGAAAUCUGAUUGCAAUUCUUCUAUCAAUUUCGCCUACGCCAGCAAUUUCAUUGUUUGUAUCAUUCCACAUCUUAAACGUUAUCGCUCACUGAUGAGUGCACCUAGUAAAAAAUUCGAAUAUUGAGCUUUGAUCAAAUUACUUGCGUAUUCUUGCUAUCAAGGGUAAAGCUUGAUUCUUGCCCAUAGAGGUCACUUUAAUUUGUACUUAGUGAGGCUGAGAAUGGGAGAACCACAGCGGUUUUCUAGAGGAGCAGAAGCACUCCUUCAUCUCUCUCCUGGAUCUUCAGUUUCUGUUGCUUAUCAUCCUCUUUUUGGUCCUCAUGAUGAUCUCAUCUUCCUAGAGCUUGACGAGAAACUUGUCCCGGAAUUUCUGCAUGAAAGGGUGGUUGUAAGAGGACAACCAGAUGAAGAUGCAGUUCUUUGCACUCAGUCCAAAACUUAUUCUGUCAAGUUUGUUGGAACUUCCAAUUCUGUAUUCCUUGUGCCACCAUAUCAAUCCGAAUAUCAUCAACCUUCACAAGAGAGUGAUGAUCAUAAUCAUCAUGACCAAAAAGUUGUUGCAUCUGUGAUCAAAGUUGUACCUGGUAACAUGGAGCUUGUUGAGGUUGCUCCUAGACUUGAUAAACUCAGGUCUCUUCUUUCAGAGAACCCUUACAGGUGUGAUGAGUUAGAAGUAGAAUAUUUAGAAGGCAAUCAUGAAUCAAGAACAGGAUUAUACAAUUGGAAUGACCUCGUUGGCAAUAUUCAAGCUAGUGAUGAUGAAAUAAGGUCUGGACUACGGGAACUUUCUGCAGUUGAGAUUAAUGGGCAUUGGAGAUUAGUGGAUGAGACUUAUAUGUGCACCAUUCUUAGAAUGCUUUUGCACAAUUCAGUGUUGAAUGACUGGUCGCUCAAUGCUCUUAAUGAAGAUGAAAUUGUGAAUGUUCUUGAAUCAGAUGGAUUUCCAAGGGUACUUGCAAAACACUGUUUGCAUGUAUUUGGUGAGAAAGCAAAUGACUGUCUGGGUAGCUUUGUCUGGAAAUUGGAUGACAAGCGAGUGUGCGUGCAGUUUGCAAGGGAGAUCCUGACAGGAGGAAAGAAAAAGUUGGAGAGUUUCAUGGAUGAAUGGAGGAAGAAGAUUCCAGAUGGCAUGCAACCCACUUUAGAUUUUUUGGAAGGAGAAGUUCUGACUGAAAGGGUUGGUGUUGAGACUUGGAUUCAUGCCUUUAGUGUUUCAUCUUUGCCCUCCACUCCGGCAGAACGUUUCUCCCUUCUUUUCAGAGAACGGAAGAAGUGGGAUUGGAAGGAUCUUCAACCUUACAUCAGGGAUCUAAACGUACCAGGUCUUUCUUCAGAAGCUUUGCUUCUCAAAUACACCCGAAGAACGCAACCAACUUCAGACGCAGAACCAGUAUUCAGUGCAAGAUAAUAGUCUCGUGUGUACUGAAUUGAAUUCCCUUCAUGCUUAUUUUUAUUAAAUUUUAUUGAAGUGAAAUCGAGAUUUGUUUAUGAUUUAAGAAAAGCACAGCAGAGAGAAGUGGGGAUGGAAAAAAGCUUUUGCUGCUCGACAAUCAACAUACGUCAAAUGCUCUGCACAUCUUGCACUGCCAAAAUAUUAUAAUAGAAUUUUAUUAUGUACUCUUCGGCAAAAUUAUAAAAUUAAUACUUCCAUAUUUAGCUAAAAGUCUAUGUUUAAUAC